AUGAGAUCGGCCAGUAUGGAAACAGCGAGACAAAACUGAUGAUCUACGUUCAUGGGAAUUAACGCGCCUUCCGGGCUACUUUGUUAUUUUUGAACGUGUAUAGUUUUGUUUAAAACAUAUAUUUAAUCCGGUCUGCAUCAAAAUGAGACUUCGUUCGAGGAAUAUUUUCAAUGAAAACCCAAAGACACCGUCCCACCGCCGUCGAGUUGCUGCGGAACCGCAAACCCCACGGGUCCAGACACAGGACCAGGUAGACGUUCUUCAGGACCGCUCAAAUCUGGACCCUGAUGAUGUUCCAACAGCAACCAAACGUCCACGCAUUAAACGUGGAAGGAGGAAAGCUUUAUCAACUGACGACUUCAAAGAGUCAGAUUUCAAGACCCCAGUCCGUCACCAGAGGGAAAGACAUUCCUCAUUGAAUCCUGCUGCUCGAAGCCUCUACUCUCCUGCAGUGCAUUUCCUCACACCCCCUAAAGACAGUGAGCAGCCAAACUCAGGAGCCAUCUUCAGUCCUGAACACUGUGUGUUUGGCUACAGUGCCGUCAGCCCUCUUUCAGAGGAUGAAGAGAAUGAUGAAGUGUUCAGUCCUUUUACAUUUAUUAAGAACAUUCCAAACCGUUCACAACAGUCCAGACCCGUCUCAGCAGUUCGGGACAUUCCACCAAAGACGAGGAGCACACCUGCUGCUACCCUAGUGCUUGAUUUGGAUGAAACCCUCGUGUUCAGUUCACUCAAUGUGAUCCAUGAUGCAGAGUAUACAUUCAGUGCUCGGUUUCAAAAUCACAAGUACAAGGUCUACCUAAUCCUCAGGCCAUAUGUGAAAGAGUUCCUACAAGCCAUGACCAAGCAUUUUGAGAUGUUUGUUUAUACUUCUGCUAAAAAGGAAUAUGCAGAAAAGAUUGUUGACAUAUUGGAUCCUAAUAAAAAGCUUUUUAGGCAUCGUUUGUAUCAGGACGAUUGCGCUUGUGUGCUUGGACACUACAUUAAAGACUUGAGUGUGCUGGAGAGGGACUUGUCAAAGACCGUCAUCCUGGACAACGCUCCCCACACUUUCCCCUACCACCUGAUUAAUAUGAUUCCCAUAAAGAGCUGGUUUGAAGAUCGAGAGGACCGGGAGCUGCAAAAGCUCAUCCCUUACAUGGAGAAACUCGUGCAAGCAGAUGACUUCAGAAACGUUCUAAAGAAGAGAACCGACCAAUUUCACAGGCUGCUUUCUGAAGACUGAACCCUUUGUGAAAUGCAAAUAUCUGUAAAGCCAUGCAAUGAAAUUCCCCGCUGACAUGCCAACCAAGGCAAAAUAUUUUUUAUGCUUUUACUCUGCUAUAAUGUACACCAGAGAGAAGCACAAGUGUUUAUUAGAUUUAUUUGAGAACAGUCUUAACAUUUCACCCUUGGUCAUCCUGGUCAGCUGGUGUUCUGACUCCUUGUAAAGAUUAGGGCUAGAAUCCUGCCUUUAAGUUAUUGACAAACCUUGAGAUUUUUGUACAGGAUUGUGCGGAGUAUAUAAUUACACUGCUGGAAAAUUGUUUUUGCUCCUUUUUCAGACUUUAAAGAGUUAACUUGAUUUAAAUGAUUUUUUCUGUUGUACUCAGAAGUUUAUUUUUAAAGGACUCUAAUAAAAUAAGAAAAACGUUUGUUUUCUUAUA